CUUGUAAACUGAAGGGUGUCAUUCCAAAAGAAAUUAGUAAUCUUACUGGAGUGAUAAGGAUGAGUCUGUCUAACAAUGAAUUGACUGGACAUAUUCCAAAUACUGUCCAAGGCAUGUUGAACCUUCAACAACUUUACUUAUUUGACAACAAGAUAGAAGGAUCCAUACCAGAUAUUAUCUGCAAUUUACAGAAUCUAGGUGCAUUAGACUUGUCAGAUAAUCAUUUUUCUGGUUCAGUGCCAUCAUGCUUAGGUAACAUGACCAGUUUGAGGGAACUUUAUCUAAAUAACAACAAGCUGGAUUCUAGAUUACCUUCAAGCUUGGGUAGCCUUCAAGAUCUCAUAGAAUUCGAUGUUUCAUCCAAUUUAUUGAGAGGGGAAAUUCCACUGGAGAGCGGAAACUUAAAGGCAGCAACACACAUUGAUCUGUCGAAUAAUUAUUUUUCUGGUAAGAUUCCUAGUACUCUAGGGGGUCUAGAUAAAUUGAUUAUUCUUUCUCUAGCACAUAAUAGAUUAGAGGGGCCUAUUCCUGAAUCAUUUGGCAAAAUGUUGUCCUUGGAGUACUUGGAUUUGUCCUAUAACAAUCUUAGUGGUGAAAUUCCAAAGUCAUUAGAAGCUCUUGUGUGUCUCAAAUACCUAAAUUUCUCUUUCAAUGAACUCAGUGGAGAAAUUCCCACUGAUGGUCCCUUUGCAAAUGUAACCAGUCAGUCUUUCUUGUCCAAUGAUGCACUUUGUGGUGACUCCCAAUUUAAUGUAAAACCAUGCCCAACCAAAUCUAUAAAGAAAUCAAGAAGAAAAAGAGUGCUUACAGGUUUAUAUAUUCUAUUAGGGAUUGGAUCACUCUUCACGUUGACUGUUGGACUUGUGGUGUUAAGAUUGAGAAACACAAAGAAGAAUGCAAGUCAAAAAGAUGUGUUUAUCGUAAAAGGGCAUGAAAGAAUUUCAUAUUAUGAACUUGAACAGGCAACUGAAGGAUUCAACGAAACCAACUUGCUUGGUAAUGGGAGUUACAGCAUGGUUUAUAAAGGGAUACUUAAGGAUGGUAUCAUUUUUGCAGCAAAGGUAUUCAAUGUGCAAUUGGAUGGUGCAUUCAAAAGUUUUGACGUGGAAUGUGAGAUAUUCCGCAACCUUCGCCAUAGAAAUCUGACCAAAGUCAUCACCAACUGCUCCAAUCUUGAUUUCAAGGCCCUAGUGUUGGAAUACAUGCCCAACGGGACACUUGAUAAAUGGUUAUACUCUCACAACUUGUUCUUGAACUUAUUGCAGAGACUGGAUAUAAUGAUAGAUGUUGCAUCUGCAAUGGACUAUCUCCACAAUGGCUAUUCAAAGCCUGUGGUGCAUUGUGACUUGAAGCCAAGCAAUGUGUUGCUAGAUCAAGAAAUGAUUGCUCAUGUAAGUGAUUUUGGCAUUGCAAAAAUGUUAGGUGAAGGGGAGGUUUUUGUUCAGACAAGGACAAUUGCAACCAUUGGAUAUAUUGCUCCAGAGUAUGGACAAGAUGGAAUAGUAUCCACGAGGUGUGAUGUUUAUAGUUUUGGCAUCCUGAUGAUGGAGAUGUUCACACGAACAAGACCAAGUGAUGAGAUAUUUACUGGAGACUUGAGCAUACAACGUUGGGUUAAUGAUUCCUUUCCAGGUGAAAUUCUUAAGGUGGUGGAUUCUAAUUUGGUACAGCCAGGAGAUGAACAAAUCGCUGCAAAGAUGCUGUGUUUGUUAUCUAUCGUGGAAUUAGCUUUGAACUGCACUAUUGUGAGACCUGAUGCAAGAAUUAGCAUGAAAGAUGCUCUUUCAACACUCAAAAAGAUGAGGCUCCAGCUUGUUAGUAGUCGGCACUAGGUGGAAUCGUUACCAACCUUCUCUUGUAUGUUAUUUAGUUACCAGUCUGCUCUCUUAUGUAAUUCAAUUUCGCACAGUGUAUUUUAUCUUGGUUGUUGGCUUGAUAUAUGGAAGUUGAAAAUGAGAUUUAAAAUGCUCAACAUAA